AUGCCUCCGAUCGAAAUCAAAGCCAACGGGUUACCUGACCUCACCAAUCUGGUAUCAUGGGUUUAUAUGAGUGCCAAACUGGAACCCGAGAAAAGGAAGAAGAACCCCCAGUUUGCGUGGAUAAGGCCUCGCGAAACGAAAGUGCGGCCAUUCUUGGCGAAACUAGGAUACGCUAACAUACCGGUUAUUUACUUCCGACUAGGAAAGAAAUUCUUCCUUCCUAAGCUAUACCAGAAGAUGAUUCUUGAUCUGCGGACUAAGGUCAUCCUUUUCUCAAAGAAGAAGUACCUUUCCUACGGAUAA